CAAUGGUACUUGCCAUUCAGCUCAAGGUUUAUUUCGUUUAUACCACCUGGGGUGUCUUCGUUGCCUCUUCUCCAGCACGAGAGUCUCCUGCUCCUCCGUCAUUAAUCCUCUCCCUGUCGCGCCUCCUCGCGUCCAACAAUUACCACGGCAGCCCCCUUCUAGCGAUCCAAAAUACAAUGGUCCAGUCAUCGGAUAACGACACUGGCUACAGGCCGCAGGAGCAGUGGCCGACCCUCACUGAAAUGGCGGACGGCUUCCACGAGCAUCUCAUGCCCGCUUCCAGCGCGCUGGCGGGCAAGACAGUUGAGCACACCUUUAGCAACGGCUGGCGUAUCAAGCACGAGUUUGACGCCGCAAAGCUCAAGUGGACCAUGCUCGAGGGGGAAGAGGUCGGCUCCUCUGCCCAAGUAGACUACCAGGCAUUUGAGGUCCGCCCAGGCAUUUUCAUGAUCGAGUUCUACAAGGCCGAGCACGAGCAGGAGGUCACUCUCAUCCUCAAUACCGUCUCUGGGCAGCUCAAGAUCUCGGUAUCUGGCUUUGCCGACAGGGAUGGGGAGCGCCGCACUUACACCGUAUUUCUGGACGCGACCAAGUGUGGCGACCAGCCCGUCGAGGCCUUUGAUGUGACGGACGAGCUCAUUGGCAAGCAUGUGCUGUACCGGUACACCCCACGCGACGCCUACCAGCAUUUUUAUGUUUCUCCCGGCACCUUCAUGUGGCACUGCCUCUCGGGAACAGAAAAAGACGUGGCUGACGCCGACCAGUGCAAGAUGUUCAAGCUCUCUGACCAGUUAUACCUGCUCUUCUGGACAGAGACCAUCAUGCCUGUCGAGUCUAUUGUCGUGGUGGAUCUGAAGGAACUGCGGUCGACAGGCCGCUUCUUCUGCUGGGACCCUGCGCCAAAGACAAUGGUCCGCACAGUCUUUGGCUCUCAGGCCACCAUCAUCAAUCACGCCGAUAUGGCUGCGGAGCUCGCGAAACCCCUGCGGUAGAACAUGGGGGCUCCAAAAGCCAGGGCUGCAUUGGCCGAGAGGCUGCGCCCUUGGGCUGGACAGGCUGGCGCGAGGUUUCCCGAUUGAGAUGGCGAGUUUCGUUCUGUGGCGCUCGUGCCAAGGUAGUUCGACAUGUCAAAUAGCAAUGUGCUUUUCCGAGACUCUUUGCCCUGUAUGCCUGUAGAAUAAACUUUGC